AUGCAAGGCGUAGUUACACCCUGUGAGACCUCGGAGCACUCAGUGAGCGUAUUAGAUUCUGAAGCUGAACUUCCUUUUCAUCACUUGAUAGUACUGGAUGCUGUCAAGAGGCACUUCGGCUUUUGUGAUAUAUGUUGUGUGCGCCUUGCGGACCAGCGAGACCUUAUCGCUGUCGCGAAGACGGAUGAGACCACAUUGGACAUUUUCAUUCCUUGCAAUGCGCCAGCGGCUCCUAGUAGCAUCUCCUGGACAACAGAGCAUCUAGUGGAGCGCCUUCUGCCCCCUCCUUCCUCCCAUCGCCCUCUUACUGCUGCUAUCUCCAGACAUCUUCGCAGACAAAUCGACGAAGGAUCAAUAAGGUCGUGGGGUCUGCGCGGUGGUGGUGCGGGUAGGUAUCGGAGCGUCGCGUGUAGAUUUGGCGGGCGUGUCGUGGUAAUUCGAUGCAGGGCGGCGUCUGCAACGCUUGUGGCAUUUGCUUAUCCUCUCUUUGGUGCAACUCCUUCCUUUAUCUCCCAUCUUCAAAUCGGGGAUGUUUCAGCUAACCUUUUCUGGCACGAAAUUGUACGCCUCGUUCUUCAACGCAAUUCUCGUCUUUCUUUUCUCUCUUUUCGCACAAAAAACACUGUUCUUUGUGAGAUUGAGCUUCUCAUUCACCAAUUUCACCUCUCGCGCGUCUGGCAAGGAUACGACUGCCAUCCUUUGGAUGUAUUCCUUCGCGAUAUAAGCGAUCUCAAUGAUCCACUGGUGGUCGGUAUUUUACGAACUUGCCUUCUCCCCUACAUACAUGGCGAUGCCGACAUUAUCAAACUCUUACCAGUUUACCGUCUCAUCGACAUUAUGCUUUCGACCAGUGUCUGUGGAGCAUUUGCCGACUACCAUCCACGCGUUGUUGUAGCUAUGCUUGAAGACUGCAAUCUCGUAGAAAAUGCCCUUCGUUUCUGCGGCCAUUUACACACUCUUCUGGGUGAAUCGCAGCUGGAAGGUUGGGUUUCUCGUGUCUUCCCACUCUAUCAGCACUGCUCAGAACAGUUGGGCAUUUUCGGCACUUCCCUGAGGACGAAGUGGAGAUUUGACUGGCGCGAUGUGAGUUAUUUACUGGAACGUCUGGAGCGCCAAUCCUUGGAUAUUGGUGAUAGUGGUGGUGCUGGUAGUAGUAGGGUACCAAGACUCACCCAGGUGGCAUGUAGAGUCUUUCGGUAUACGAUGCGUCAGUACCUUGACGGAUUGCCACCCCCUAGACCCUCUUUCACGGCCCAAAUAGAAUCUCUCAAGGGGAUCCCACCUGCCGUAAAAAGAAUUAUCCUCUUCAAGGCAGAGGACAGUUGA